UUACCAUCUCUCCUUCUCUUUCUCCUGAUCUCCAUCUUUCUAUCUAAUUUAAAUUAUAAGAAAACAUGAAGACAAAAAUAAAAUAGUGUCAUCCCCUCUCACACUCCAUAUCAAUUAUCAUUUGCAACACCACACCACUAUAAAUACACCCUCUCCCCUGACCCCCAACACCCAUCAGAAACAAUUCCUCUAUCAUCCCAACCAAGUCCCUUCUUAAACUGCCUCCCUAAGAUACAACAAACACAAACUCAGCCUUAUAGUAGGCAAUUAAUAUAAGAAAUUAGGAAAAAGGAAAGAGAAAGAAGCCAAAAAUGGAACAAGUGAUGAUAUCUGCAGCAUAUGCAGCAGCCAUAUUAGUCUUAUGUUUGGUGUCGAAAAUCGUUUACGAGACCUUACGUUGCUACUGGUUGACUCCGAGACGGAUCAAGAGAAUAAUGGAAGAGCAAGGUGUUCGAGGACCCGAGCCUCGUUUUCUAUUAGGCAACAUAAUGGAGAUGGCUUCAUUCAUCUCCAAGUCAACAGCCCAAGACAUGCCUUCAAUCUCACACGACAUUGUUCCCCGACUUCUCCCACACUUUCUUGCCUGGUCCAAGACUUACGGGAAGAGGUUUAUAUUUUGGAAUGGGACGGAACCGAGAAUGUGCCUGGCAGAAACUGACCUUAUUAAAGAGCUCCUUUCUAAAUACAGCACGAUUUCGGGGAAAUCGUGGAUGCAGCAAGAAGGCUCGAAAAAUUUCAUUGGCCGAGGUUUGUUGAUGGCUAAUGGCAAGGAUUGGUACCACCAGAGGCACUUGGUGGCCCCUGCAUUCAUGGGAGAAAAACUUAAGAGUUAUGCAGGGUACAUGGUUGAAAGCACAAAAGAGAUGCUGGAAUCGCUCGAGAAUGCUCUGAAAUCGGGACAAACGGAGAUCGAGAUCGGAGAGUAUAUGACUCGUUUAACGGCCGAUAUUAUUUCGCGUACGGAAUUCGACAGCAAUUACGAAAAGGGAAAACAGAUAUUUCAUCUUUUAACUGUUUUGCAAGGCCUCUGUGCUCGGUCAUCCCGUUAUUUGUGCUUUCCCGGCAGCAGAUUUUUUCCAAGCAAAUACAACCGGGAGAUAAAAUCGCUAAAAAUUGAGGUGGAGAAGAAGCUGAUGGAGAUCAUCGAGAGCCGAACAAACUGUGUUGAGGUCGGCCGAAGCACGUCUUACGGAAAUGACUUACUCGGCACACUUUUAACCGAGAUGCAGAAAAAACGGUCAGACAACGGCUUCAGCCUUAACUUGCAACUGAUCAUGGACGAAUGCAAGACCUUCUUCUUUGCCGGCCAUGAAACAACAGCACUCUUGCUGACGUGGACAAUGAUGCUCCUCGCCACAAAUCCAGAGUGGCAGGAGAAGGUUAGAGAAGAGGUCAAACAAGUUUGCAAAGGCGCUCAUCCUGGCGUUGACCACCUCUCAAAAUUCACUGUGCUAAAUAUGGUGAUCAACGAGUCACUCAGGCUAUAUCCUCCGGCCUCUCUCCUCCCUCGGAUGGCAUUCGAAGACAUAAAAUUGGGUGAUCUUCACAUUCCAAAGGGGCUCUCGAUAUGGAUUCCAGUUCUUGCAAUCCAUCAUAAUGAGGAAAUUUGGGGCAAAGAUGUAAAUGAAUUCAAUCCAAGUAGAUUCGCAUCCAAGUCUGGUGGGCCGGGCCGUAGUUUCAUCCCCUUUGCAGCUGGGCCCAGGAACUGUGUGGGCCAAUCCUUUGCAAUGAUGGAGGCCAAGAUUAUAUUGGCCAUGAUGAUAUCAAAAUUCAGCUUUACAAUCUCGGAGAAUUACCGGCACGCGCCAGUAGUUGUCCUCACCAUGAAGCCUAAGUAUGGAGUUCAAAUCAAAUUGACGCCUUUGGACGAUUCUUGCAAUUAAUAUUGCUUGAAAACGUUUUUGGAUUAGGAGAUAUAUAAGUUGUAGUUAUACAUAUUAAUAUAGUAGCUAGUUUUUUUUAUUUUAUUUUUUCUUUGAAUUCUCCUUUUUGGUGGAGAUGGAGGUGAGUGUAUGAUAUAGAAUAUACGUACCAUGAGAAUAAAAGAAAAUGAGUGGGCAUUAUCUAUAUGGUUUGUCAUAUAUUUGGGCUAGCUUGUUGAAAAGUUUUUCUCAUGGAAUGAUUGAUACAAUUUUGAUAGUUGUCAUUCUACUAGCUGGAUAAGGCCCAACAUGAGCACAAAAACAAUUGAACAUCACUAAACAUUAAACAAGAUCAUCUUUGAUAUUCUUUUA